AAAUCCGUUGCGUCCACUGUCUGCCAUUUUGUUGUAGAGAUCAGUGUUCCCAUCGCAGCCCACGUUGUCCUGUAGAUGAAUAAUACGACGCUAUUAUAGCGGAUUUUAAUUAAACUCGCGGCACGAUGCUUUCUGCAGCCCAGUUACUCGAUGAGUUAAUGGGCCGGGAUCGGAACUUGGCUCCGGAUGAGAAGCGUUGUAAUGUGCGCUGGGAUCACGAGACUGUCUGCAAGUAUUACCUGUGUGGCUUUUGUCCUGCAGAACUCUUUACAAAUACACGAUCAGACUUGGGUCCUUGUGAAAAAAUCCAUGAUGAAAACUUGAGGAAAAUGUAUGAAAAGAGUUCACGUUUCAUGAAGGAAGGCUAUGAGAGAGACUUCCUGCGGUACUUGCAGAGUCUCCUGGCUGAGGUGGAGCGCAGGAUUCGGAGGGGCCAUGCACGCUUGGCACUGUCACAAGCCCAGCAGAACUCUGGAACGCCAGGUCCAACGGGGAAGAAUGAGGAGAAGGCCCAGGUCCUUACGGAGAAGAUUGAAGAGCUUGUUGUUCAGAUUGAGGAGUUGGGCUCAGAGGGACGCGUUGAGGAGGCACAGGGUAUGAUGAAACUGGUGGAGCAGCUGAAGGAGGAGCGCGAGCAGCUCAGUUCCACACCUUCAACAAUCGAGAGCUUUGCGGCUCAGGAGAAGCAGAUGGAAGUUUGUGAAGUGUGUGGUGCUUUCCUCAUAGUUGGUGAUGCUCAGUCCAGAGUGGAUGAUCAUUUAAUGGGCAAGCAGCAUAUGGGAUAUGCCAAAAUUAAAGCCACUGUAGAGGAACUCAAGGAGAAACUCCACCGACGCUCGGAAGACCCUGAGAAGGAUGAACGAGGAAAGAAAGAAAAGGAGGACCGGGAGCGUGAAAGAGAGGAACGUGAGAAAAAACGCAAAGAAGAGGAAGAGAAGGAAAAAGAGCGUGAGAAGGAGCGGGAGAGGGAGCGCGAGAAAGAAAGGGAACGCGAGCGGGAAAAAGAUCGUGAGAGGGAACGGGAACGAGAUAGACGCGGUAGACGGAGUCACUCCAACAGCAGACACUCCAGCAGAGCAUCAGACCGCCGCAGAAGCCGCUCACGAGACAGGAAGAGGUCCAGGAGUAAAGAUCGCGACAGAAAACGCAGCAGGAGCCGUGACCGAGAAAGGAGACGCAGUCGGGACCGUUCGGACAGGAAGCGACGUUCUCGCAGCCGAGAGAGGAGGAGGUCUCGCAGCUCAGAGCGUAAGAGUCACCGGCAUCGCAGCCGCAGCAGGGACAAAGACAGAGAAAGAGGGGAUAAAGACAGAGAAAGAGGGGACAAAGACAGAGAAAGAGGAGACAAAGACAAGGACAAAACCUCUAAAGACAAAGAGCACAGGGACUCUUCUGAUGAGAAAAAGAGCAGUGGAAAGGGCUCGGCUGAGACGACCAAUCAGCUCGCCAAGCCCGAGCCCGUCGAGGCUGAGCCUCCCAAAGCAGAAGUGAACGGCACCGCCGAUGAGCUUCAAUGUGAAGGUGACACACAGUCCAAUUAAAACUGAUCUGAUAGGACCUCAGAUCAGCUCCAGGUAAGUGCACCGUCCCCCUCCGGUCCGGGUCUCUCCCCCUCUCCCCUUCCCCCCUUUUUCUUUCAGUUCUGUCUGUGAUUUUUCUUCCUGUUUUUUAAUAGUGCAUCGUAAGUAUGCACUGAAGAUGGGGACUAGGCCGAUGAAACGGAAGAAAGUAGAAUGAAACAAACCCAGAGGGAAAGGCCAGUGUAGUCCUGAAAAACAUGCCUGGAGGUACCUCGUUUUGUAUCGGUCAUACAUCUGUCUCUUUAGACAAGUUCUCUUCCAAAUUUACGUUUUUUUAUUUUCCCUUUUUUUUUCCCUAACUCUGCCUUUUACUACCUAAACAUGUUAACUCAAAUGAUCGCAAUUGGUAGAUAAUUUUGUUUUGCACUUUAAAUGAUUGUGUGCUCAUAUAUGUCUGUACAUGCAUAAGCGCACAGCAUUUUGCCAUCUGAUGUCUGUAAGGUGUACAUAAGAGGUCCAAAAAGUUCAUUGAACUGCAAUGAAUACUGAUUUUGUUGCACUUUUAAUACGUCUGUUCUUGAAGUUGAGAUCCGAUAGCAUUGGAAUGAUGGAAGUGUAGGGUUAAUGAAUUAUUGCAGCUGACUUCCGCACCUCACACAGCGUUGGUGUUGUGAGCGACCCCCCAUGAAAAGCCCAUUUAAAAAUCAAGGAUACUGUCAAUCUAUACAGGUACUCACCCAAGGUACUCCUUUCACUACCCACAUCCAUUUGAAUGCUGUUGCCUGUGAACGUGUCUCAGAGCUUGAUGUGUAUAUUAUUCACCCUAUCUCUCUUUUCCCAGUUUUUAAUGUCUUCAGUUUUGCUUUCUGUUGGUUUCAAGUACCAAUGGCUCUUUCUGCACCUAAACAGGUGGAUGUAAUGUGUCAGAUUUACAGAUGAGCCCAGUUAAUACAGUAACUUAUCAAACCAUAAAACAGUCCUUUCUCCUUGCUUGUUUUGCUUAUUUUUGUUUUACCUGUUCAGUUAGCAGUAUUCGGUCUAAAUCAGACCUGGGCGAUAUAAGCUGGAUUUACAUUGCUAAUCUUGAUGGCCAAUUCAGAUUUGUUGCCUGCAUCCGACGACCCACGAGUGACUCGUAUCCGAUAUCAGCAUUGGCAAAACUAUUAUACUAAGCAUACUGACCCAAAACCAUUAAGGAAGUAAAAUGUUGCGAUGUAUACAAGAUUAAAGAGCUUUAUUUCUUUAUCAGGACUUAAAACUUUAACAUCCGUCGUCCUCCGUUCCGCUGCUAAUAAGAGUCACGUGAUCACGGGUGGUGUCUACCUGAGUUGACAUCAUUUGCCAGCUUCGCAUUUCAAUGACAUGUCUUGACAUGGGAAUAUCCGAUCUGUCCGUUUACAUUGUAAACGUAUCAGAUUCAUAUGAAUGAGGCCUGAAACCGAUCAGAGAAUAUCUAAAUUUUUACUGGGUCAUAUCUGUUCCACACGAGGGGUAAAAAUCGGAAUUGAGUAACUUCAAACAUGCAAUGUAAAUGUGGCCAUAGUUACAAUCAAACUUUUCUUAUUUCAAAUACUCAAUCUUUCAUGUCUGUGCUCUGAAUUGGCAUUAAAUCAUCAGAGUAUUAUUUAAAAUACAACGUAAAGGCUUUCCCAAACAAACACAAGAAAAAUGUACUUGUGACGAAUUUUUGAAAUUUAAUUUCUUAAAUUUCACGGAUUUGGAUGAUGCUUUUAUUCAGAGCAACUUACCAAAUUACAGGUAUACAUUUAAAGGGAUAGUUCACCUAAGAAUUAUCAUUUUCUCAUCCUCAUGUUGUUUUAAACCUUCCUUUUUUUCUGAAGAUAUUUUGAUAAAUUAUUGUUAAGCACACAGCUGCUGUAACAUUGACUUCCAUUAUAUUUGUUUUCCUACUAUGGAAGUAUUGUUAUAAAUGAUGAUGAUGAUGAUAUUGUAAUAAAUGAUGGUAAGCACACAGUUAAUGGUAGCCAUUGAAUUCCAUCGUAUUGUUUUCCUACUAUGAAAGUCAAUGGUUACAAUCAGCUGUGUGCUUACCAUCAUUAAUCAGAAUAUCUUCUAUUGUGUUUAUCAGAAAAGGUUUAUACAGAUUUACAACAACAUGAGGAUGAGAAGAUCCAGAAUUUUUAUUUUUGGGUGAACUUUCCCUUUAAUCACUGUGUUUUAGGCCCACGUCCGUUGUACGCAAUGCUCUGCCAAUUGAGCUACAGGAACACAAGUUCACAUCAACGUUAUUAAAACAACCUAACAUUCUCAUGUUAUGAGAAAUUGUUAAAAAUAAUCAUUAGUUUUCAUCAGCUUCUGUAUAUCCGUAUAUAGUGGAUAUUUAAUAUAUCGCCCGGCUCUAGUCUAAUUAGAUUGGGAUUUAACACAGGUGUGUCUGUUUGAGGUUAACUUUAUUUCUCUUUUUUUGUUACAUUUCCUAUUUGUGUUGUCUUCAAGAUAGAGAAGUGCAUGCUUUCAGAGCAAGAUCAUCCAGUCAGGUCAAAGAGAGGGAGGGCAUUUUUAUUCUUCAAAGAAAUACUCAAGUCUUAUUUGUGCUUUUUUUCAUAGUUUUACUUUGCAAUUGAGCAGUUACUAUGCUGCUGCUUUGGAUGUUUCAUAGGUCAAAAAAUGAAUGUUGAUGAGGGUUGAAUAAGGAUAUUUAAACAAAAUGUAAUGAUUGGAUAAAGGGCAUCAUUUAAAUAAACAAAUGUGACAUCACAUUUGUCAUUUUACCUAUUAAAACUGUCCUGGGGUAAUUGAAGUGUUGAUUAGAUGUGCUGUCUGGUUUCACACACUAAUCGAAAGCUCUCUGACCAUUUGUGUACAUCAGGGGGAGUUGGACAGCUGGAAGAGAAAACCUGAAGAUCUUCAUCCUGCAACACAACACGGCUGCUUUAAAAAAGGUGAACCACAGAUGUAGUGGUCUAUUAUGAUCGAAUUAUAAAGAUACAUGUACAAAUGUAAAAUGGUUCUGUAUCCCAUUUUCAACGUUUCCAUAGGAGCUUUCCUGUUCUUUUUAACAUGUUUGUUUGGGUUUUUUUGUUUUUUGGUCUUAUUGCUACAAAUGUGCAUAGAUACAGGUCCACAAUUAUUUCUGUUGGUAUGCAUUCAAAAUGAAUAAAGCACAUUGUGGCAUGUUUGCUAUGUACAGUCUGCUCAUACAUUUAAAUUGAAGAUCGGUUUUGUGCAGUAUUUUGACUGGCAGCCUUAAGCGUCUCUUAACUGCUUCUUAUUCCCCUCUGUAAUGCUGAAUCCCAAAUCUUUCUACAAUUUUAGUUUAGAGAAAUGAUUUUCGUUUUGUUCCAGUUUUAAAAUCUGUAUUUGUCUUGAAUAAAAGAAAAACCCUUU